AUGGAACCCGGCACCGCCGCCGGCAUCAGCGGGGUCCCGUCGCAUGGGUCGUGGUCUAGGCUCGGGGGUCGUGUCGACGGCGGCAUGGAGCGGGCUUAUUCUGCUAACAAUUCAACACUGCACAAACCACUGAAGCGAACCGCAGCAAAAAACAAUAAAAAGACAACCCCACCUACUGCCUUCAUCCCCUGCCCUGCGCACCCACCCACCCCGACCUGCUUCUUCAUCCCCUGCCCCGCUCCGCCCGACCACCCCCUGCCACGCGCCGCCGCACCACCCCUCCCCGCGCCGCCGCACCACCCUCCUGCCCGGCGACCACGGCGACGGUGCGAACCACCGCGGCGCCCUACCCCACCACCACCAGCUCCCCCUCCCCCCCGCCCGCGCGACAGCCCCCUUCCCCUACACUGCCUUCCUCUCCCACCCGCCGCCGCCGUGGCACAGGGCCGUGUCACCCCAGCCACCUACCUCCGCCGGCCAAGCACCACCCAGCAACCACCAGAUCCGGCGGGAUCCGGCUCCACCUCCCCUCAUCUCCCCCUCCUCAGAAACUCCGCCGCCGCACGGGUCCCGGCCGCCCGCCCUCCUCAUGCCACCGCGCCGGACGGCCUGAGUAGCACCGGAGGCCAGCCCGCCCGCCCCUCCACGAGCCGUCGUGCCAUCUCAACCUUGCCCCGUCACCGCCGCUCUGGAUCUGGCCGUCGUCGUGCUACGUACUCGCGUGGGAUCCAACCGCUGUCAGGCAGAUCCGCCCCAACAAAGAGGAGCGCGGCGCAGCAUCUCCACCCCGUGGGCUCCUCCCGCGACGGGAAGUUAGGGGUCUGCCCCGGCAUCCAGGGGUUGGCGGUGGUCCGACGGCCUCCUCUCCUCGCCCACCCCCUGCUCACCCUGCCGUGCCCGCGGGAUCAUGGGCUCACGGCGGAGCCCUCUACAGUUUGUGGUGUGUGCCGGUGCAGUGCAGAAGGCGCAUGCUUUGUGAAAAAAAAGGACUUAGUUUUUCUGGGAUGUUUCUGUUGGUUUUUCAGGCAAACUUAUAAUGAUUUUGUUUAACAGAAGUUCAUCCCGCGUUGUGUUACAUUUCAUUUUUCUUGACUGUGUGGCCCGCUUGCUUUGUCCACUAACAUCCCCUCGACAAGUAAUUCGCUAUGUUACUAUGUACUCUCUCCGUUCCUAAGUGUUUUUACUAUGAACCAUGUACGGAUGUAUCUAGAUGCAUUUUAGAGUAUAGAUUCACUCAUUUUGCUU